AGAACAGACCCACGGUGUGAAGUGGCUAUUUAUUAAAUUCACGCGUCUCGUCUACUGGCUUUCCUGCUGUCGCAGGAGUCCUUUGUCAAAGAAAGUCGACCGGGCAAGGCAGAGCAAGGAAGAGAACCUCAGGUAAUGGCGUGUCGCGUAGCGAGCAUCCUUCCGGCGAGCGUCCUUCCGGUCAAGAGUAAAAGCAGCAACAGUCAGCGGCUGAUCGCCGUUAACGGCAGCAGCUGAAAGAAGCGUUACCAUAUUGCGUAAGGCCGACCGGACGACCGGACCGGCCCGGCGAAGAUGUUCGCAUGCGGUAGAGCUAUUGGCCGAUUGCCCACCGGACUCACGCAUGCAAAUCGGCUUUAUCAAUCUGUAAAAUACGUCGGAGUUGUAAAUAUCACUAAUUUACGCUAUAAUAGCGAUGCGAGCAAUAAAAAACCUCAGAAGCCACGAGGCACUACAAUCAAACCAGAAGAAUGUGUGCCUGAAUCUAGGUAUUCCAAAUCACAGAAAGAUGUUCCUGCAUGUGAAAUAGGACCUAAUGCAACUUGCCCAUUAUCACAAGAAUGCAAGUUGAAUGGAAAGCAGAAAGAAUUAAGUGAAAAAGGCUCAGAUUUUGGCAAAAAUGGAAAAUAUCAAUUUCGCUAUUGGCAUCUACUUGCUGCCUUGCUUGUCACAGGAGUUGCAGUAUAUAAGGUAUCUACAUCAUCUUGGUGGGAUGAAGAAGUAAGUCAACAAAAAGGCAAAAGUAAACAAAAGAAAGAAGGAAAAAGGAGAUUUAAAGAGAAAAUUAAAGUUCCAGCAGAAUCCAAAUUGAUACCUCAGGAAGUAACUUAUCUACUGAUAGGUGGAGGAACAGCUGCAUUUUCAGCAUUUAGAUCAAUUAAAUCUAGAGAUCCCAAAGCUAAGGUUCUAGUUAUAGCAGAGGAAGAUGAAUUUCCGUACAUGAGGCCACCAUUAUCUAAAGAACUUUGGUUUAACACAGAUAAAGAAACAAGUGCACAAUUACGUUUUAAUCAAUGGAAUGGAACUCAAAGGAGUAUAUUUUACGAACCACGGGAAUUCUAUUCAAAUGUUACUCAUCUUGUGGAAUCUGACAAGGGUGGAGUUGCUGUAGCUAUGGGUUGGAAAGUAACGAAAAUUGAUCCUGUAAAUAAAACUGUGAUUCUCGAAGAUGGUCACGAAAUAAAAUAUAGCAAGUGUCUCAUUGCGACUGGUGCAUCACCGAAGAAUUUACCAAUAUUCGAAUCUGUUGAAGACGAAAUAAAAGAUAAGAUUACAACGUUUAGAACAAAGAAUGAUUUUCUCGAUUUGGAAGAAAGUAUUUCUAAUCCUAAGUGCAAAAAUAUUGUAAUCAUUGGUGGCGGAUUUCUUGGUUCGGAACUCGCCUGUGCACUCGCUAGAAGUUAUAAGUCUAAAAAUGUUUAUCAAAUUUAUAAAGAAAAGUUUAUAAUGGCACAAGUGCUACCAGAAUAUUUGAGUGAAUGGACCACGAAAAAGGCUGAAGUAGAAGGUGUUCAUCCUAUACCUGACACAAAAGUUGAAGAUUAUAGAUAUAAAAACGGUCAAUUGUCUCUUAUUCUCACUGGUGGCCAGACUAUUGAUGCUGAUCAAGUAGUAGUAGCAGUAGGUGUUCAACCAAAUACAGAUUUGGCAACAACCUCGCAUUUAGAAACAGAGCCUAAGAUAGGAGGAUUUCUUGUUAAUGCUGAAUUAGAAGCCAGAAGCAAUCUUUGGGUUGCUGGUGAUGCAGCAUGUUUCUAUGAUAUCAAACUUGGCAGAAGAAGAGUUGAACAUCAUGAUCACGCGGUUACUUCUGGAAGAUUAGCUGGUGAAAAUAUGACUGGUGCAGGUAAACCUUAUGUGCAUCAAUCGAUGUUUUGGUCAGAUUUAGGACCAGAUGUAGGAUAUGAAGCGAUAGGUAUCGUAGACUCAUCUUUGCCAACUGUUGGAGUCUUUGCAAAAGCGGCAGAAACGAUUAACGAUUCUAGUGAAGAACAAAAAACAAAUUCUAAGGAAUCACAAUCUAAUAUACAAUCAAAGUCAUUAACACAAAUUGUGAAGAACGUUGAUAAUAUAAAUACAGAAAAUGAAAAAAAAGAUAUAUCUGGAGAUAAUGUAAAAUCAGUGGAGAAACCUAUGAAACACGAAGAUUUUGAAAAAGGUGUCAUUUUCUAUCUACGAGAUGAUAUUGUAGUAGGAAUAGUACUGUGGAAUAUCUUUAGCCGAAUGUCAAUUGCCAGACGAGUUCUUGCAAGGGAUACAAAAUAUGACGAUUUAAAUGAAGUAGCGAAAUUAUUUACGAUUCACGAAGAUUGAUUUUAUUUGAUUAAUAUGGAUGAAUGACAAUAUAGUAAAAAAUUUUAUUAUAUGAUAAAAAAGAUUCGAAUUCCAGUUUGAUAUAUUAUCAUGAGAAAAUUCAUCAAUUUGCUGAAGGUUUCGCAGGUAUGCGAAUUAUAAGUGCCAGUACUAUACCUUAUAUAUACAUGGAGAUUUCUAAAAAUAUAGUAAAUAUAUACACAAAACGUUCCCAUACACGUACAAAAUACGUGUUUUAUCAGUUAAUGCUAACCAAAAGCAUUUAUACACACAAUUAUGAAAAAAUAAAAAGAUAAUUUUA